AUGUCAAAAGAGGGAGACAGAGCAGCUGUGUUUCGUACCACUAAAGUAAGGACCAAGCUGAAAGGAGAUGCCAGCUGGAUGCAGCGUCAGGAUCAACCUGACGAUAAAAUCCAGGAAGAGAAGCCUUGGAUAGCAGAAGUUAGAGCCAGCCGCUUGAAUGGAGCCCCUGAUGACACAAGUCCAGUGUCCUCCCCAACAAAAUCUACCCCAGCCCCCUCAACAUCUGAAACUGAGAGUAGAGCACCAACAUCUGGAUACCUGAUCAGGGGUGUUUUCACAAAGCUGGACGCGCCCGCUUCUACACCAACAUCUAAUGGCAUUAACAAAACAACACAAUUCACCAAAAAACCCUCAGAGAGCUACAAGAGAAUAGCGCCCCACACUGUGAGGCCCACUUCAGACCAGGAGGGCCAGCUAAGCCCCACGGAUCUGGAGAAACGGACGGAGGCAGCCAGUAAUGUUCUGACGAGAUCUUCAGUUAAGAAGCGGUCCUAUGUGCUCUCUGCUGCUAAGAAAUUCGAGACCAAAGAUGCAUCACCUGACACAUCACUGGUCAACAGCAGUCCAUCAUUUGUGGCCACAAGGGUGGAGAUUUCUGACGAUGAUGAGAGUGCUGCGACUCCGGCUCCUACCGGCGCUGUGCUGCCAUCCGAUGCUGUCACAUCUGCGCCCAAAGCCCUGGAAACAGACAGCAACACUGUUCAUAAAGCUGCUGAUUUGGCUGUCAAUGAGCCAGUGGCUCCAAAGAUGGAGCAGGACACCCCAGAGCCCGUGAAUGGAGACCCCCUCCCACAUCUGUCCACAGAAAAAGACCUUCUUAAAGAAGUGAACACACAACCUGAGGAGCUGGAAAUCCCUGCCCAGUCUGGCACCCCGCUAGUUAAACUUUUACCAAUAUCUUCACCUCCAAAGUCUGCUACCCCAUCUUCAACCGUCCCAGAGUCACCUGUUCCUGCACCUCUUCCCACUGUAUCUCCUGCACCCGAAAUACCUACUCCAGUAUCACCGACUCCAGCAUCCCCUGUCGCCGACAUCACAGAGGAGACAGAAACUGAAACUGCGUCUGAACCAGAGCUAAAACCAGAGCUAAAACCGGAGUCAGAACCAGAACCAGAGCUGGACCCAGAGCCGGAGUCAAAGCUGGAGUCAAAGCAGGAGCUGGAGCCAGAGCUGGAGCCGGAGCCGGAGUUGGAGCCAAAGCAGGAGCCAGAGCCGGAGCCAGAGCCAAAGCUGGAGUCAAAGCUGGAGUCAAAGCAGGAGCCAGAGCCAGAACUGGAGCCAGAGUCAAAGCAGGAAACAGAGACAGAUUCUAAACUGUCUCCAGGACCAAGCUCCAGUGUUGACACACUUGCUGCCUUGUCCGGCACCCUCAUUUCUUUUGACACAAAUUCAUCCAGCUUUAAGGAUGACGAGCCAGCACUGGCACAGGAAGAAACAGGCCCAGCAGAUAGCCACACCGCAGACAAAAGUGUUGAACAGGGGCCAGCUCCUGCUCUCAGCAACGGUGAACCAUUAACAGAUGAUCUCUUGGGCUUCGGAGAUGGUCCAGAGGAAUCAGCAGAGCCUGUUCCCCCCAGUCCAGGACGCUGGAGUCAUGAUCUGCUUAGCGGAAUGGACAGUGAGUCAAACCCAGCCAAGACUGGUGUCGCACCGGAUCUCCAGGCUGACGAUGUCAUUGUUAGCAAGACAGAGGAACGCAGCCUCAACUUGCAGCCGGAGGAGAAGAAGCAGACAGAUGAGACAGCCAAGGAAACACAAAGCUCGGCUGAUCCGUUUGAUCCAUAUCCGAUAGGGACCACAUCCCAUAACAGCUCCUUUGACCUGCUUCAGCCCCUCUCCGAAAUUUCCAUCAACAGUUCAUCACCGUCCUCCAUUGAGAUUGAAAACUCAAGUCCAGAAAUAGACAUGAGCAGUACCACACUGGAGUCGCUUGCAGACGAUGUUGUCCCCAUCGACACAGACACCACGAGCCUGAGCUCUCAGCGGUCCUGGACACGCACAUGGGAGGUCAGCUCACCUCAGCAGACUAACGCGGAAGAGAGCCAAGAACCUGAACCGGAGGAAGAAGGCCAAGCUGCAGAUCAACAGACGGUGAUCAUGUUUGAGACAGAAUUCAACGGGAGCGGGCCUGCUUGGAAGAAAUGGUCAUCACCCAUUGUGUAUACACUCACCAGUACACCAUCAGAGGAGGAAGAGGAGGAGAUAGAGGAAGAAGAAAGCCCUGAAGAUAUAGAGACGGUCACAACCAUCACCACCAUAAGAGAAAUACACAACGAGCCAGAGCCCUCCACGGAUGAAUCUGUGACCCAUUCCAGGACUGUCGUGGAGGAGAGGAAAAGCAUCCAAACACCAGAGCCCGACACCAAAAAGGGGUUUGUUUACGUAAAGGAGUAUGUCAAUGCAAGCGAGCUGUCCCUGCAUAAUCCUAAAGACACAACUGACAGUGGAUCAGAUUAUUUGGCUUCAAGCUCUACCAGUUACUUCUACAGCAGCCCCCCCAGUUACUCCAGAGCCUCGAUGACAUCUACUUGUACGUACUGCGGAGAACAGGUGGGCAAUGAGGCCAAGAUCACCCUCGAGCAUCUCAACAUCAACUGCCACCCAGGAUGCUUCAAGUGUGAGUUGUGCAGAAGGCCUAUGGGGGACCUCCUGUCCAGCAUGUUCCUACAUGGCGGGAAGGUCCACUGCGAGACCUGCUACGCCACCAUUUGA